AUGUCAUCGCAGACCUCUAAUGCAGAUGAUGUCCCACCUUAUUUUAAAACCGAACCCAUUCGAUCACAGAUCCACUUGGAGGGCAACCGCCUGGUCCUGACAUGUAUGGCAGAAGGGAGCUGGCCUUUGGAAUUCAAAUGGUUAUACAACAAUACAGAGCUGACUCACUUCUCUCUUGAGUACAGGUAUCUGAUUCCAUCAUUGGAUCGAUCCCACGCUGGUUUCUACCGUUGCAUAGUGAGGAAUCGGCUUGGAGCACUGAUGCAGAGGAGGACAGAAGUCCAGGUGGCAUAUAUGGCAAACUUCGAGAGUGGUGAAAAGUUUCUCAGUGUCUCCCAGGGAAAUGCUGCAGUUAUCAGGGCACCAAGAAUUUCUACGUUCCCCCGUCCCCAAGUCACAUGGUUCAGAGAUGGCCGGAAAAUCUCACCCAGUGGUCGCAUAGCUAUUACGAUGGAAAACACACUUGUCAUCUUGUCAACAGUGGCUCCUGACACUGGAAGAUACUAUGUCCAGGCAGUAAAUGACAAAAAUGGAGAAAACAAAACCAGCCAGCCCAUUACCUUGACUGUGGAAAAUACAGGUGCUCCGGCAGAUCCCAUAGCUCCAGUUAUAAUUAUCCCGCCAAAAAAUACAAGUGUAAUCUUCGGGUUCCCUGAGGUUACAAUGGAAUGUGUGGCCAAUGCCAGGCCACUAAUUAAGCUAAGUAUCAUCUGGAAGAAGGACGGGGUUCCAUUCAGAAGUGGGUUCAGUGAUUUCCACCGGAAACUGACCAUCCUAAAUCCGAAAAUACGUGAUGCUGGGUACUAUGAAUGCGAAGCUGUUCUCCGAAGUAGCAGUGUUCCAUCAGUUAGCGCAGGGGCCUUCUUGUCAGUACUGGAGCCGCCACAGCUAAUCCUGGAACCAGAGCGUCACAUGACAGCUGAGAUAGAGAAAGUAGUGGAUAUUCCGUGUCAGGCUCAAGGUGUCCCAUUGCCAGUGAUAUACUGGUAUAAAGAUGCAACACUGAUCACAAGGUUAAAUGUGCCCAGAUAUAAGGUGCUAUCCAAUGGCAGCCUACAGAUCAGUGGACUGAUGCCUGAUGACACGGGCAUGUUCCAAUGCUUCGCUAGAAAUGAUGCUGGUGAGGUGCAAACUUUCACCUAUCUUGCUGUUACCAGCAUUUCUCCUAAUAUUACUAAGGGACCAUCAGACAGCACAGUGAUUGAUGGGCUAUCAGUCAUUCUUUCUUGUGAAACAUCAGGGGCACCACGGCCAGCAAUCACCUGGCAAAGAGGAGAGAAAGUACUUGCCAGUGGGUCUGUCCAAUUACCUCGCUUCACACUACUGGAAUCUGGCAGCCUUCUUAUCAGCCCUUCCCACAUCUCAGAUGCUGGGAGUUACACAUGUCUGGCUAUCAAUUCUCGAGGAGUUGAUGAGGCUUCUGGAGAUCUCGUUGUGUGGGCUCGCACUCGUAUCACAAAUCCCCCCCAGGAACAAAGUGUAAUCAAAGGAACGAUGGCAGUCCUAACCUGUGGUGUGACCCAUGACCCCAAUGUUGUAAUCAGACACGUGUGGCAGAAAGAUGGGGCUAUAAUUGAUGUGAAUGCCAUCCCACGUAUGAGAGUUGAUGAAGCAGGAACAUUGUAUAUCUCUCAGACCUGGUCAGGAGAUAUUGGAUUGUACACCUGCAAAGUGCUAUCAGUAGGAGGAAAUGACUCUCGCAGUGCUCAGGUCAGAGUCAGGCAGCUCCCACAUGCUCCAGAGAAUUUGGCUGCCCAGCUGAGUACCAGUGAAAAGAGAGCCAUUUCCCUGACUUGGUCAAAAGCAUUUGAUGGCAAUAGCCCCUUGCUUCACUACAUUUUGGAAGUGUCUGAAAACAAUUCCCCUUGGACUGUUCACCUGAUGAAUGUUAACCCGGAAUCGGUGGGCCUGAUGGUCAGGGGACUUAUUCCAGCCAGGUCUUAUCAGUUCCGUAUCUGUGCUGUGAAUGAUGUUGGAAAGGGCCAAUAUAGCAGAGAGACUGAGAGGUUGUCACUACCUGAAGAACCACCAAGUGCAUCCCCACAAAAUGUCAUUGCAAGUGGCCGAACCAAUCAAUCGAUCAUGAUUCAAUGGCAGCCACCCCCAGAAAACCAUCAGAAUGGAGCCUUGAAGGGUUACAUUAUCAGAUAUUGUUUGGCAGGUUUACCAGUGGAGCACCAGUAUAAAAAUAUCAGCAGUCCUGAUGUUAAUAAUUUUUUACUGGAAGACCUCAUCAUUUGGACCAAUUAUGAGAUCGCUGUUGCAUCAUAUAAUGGGGCUGGACUGGGAAUUUACAGCCCGACAGUUACUGAAUGGACCCUGCAAGGAGUUCCUACAGUGCCCCCAGGAAAUGUGCAUACUGAAGCCAUUAAUUCCACGACCAUUCGAUUCACAUGGACACCACCCAGUCCUCAGUUUAUUAAUGGAAUUAACCAAGGUUACAAGCUGUUGGCUUGGGAGCCUGGUAAGAGUGAAGAUUUCACAAUGGUAACAGUCCAGCCAAAUUUCCAGGAUAUGGUCCAUGUUGGGUACAUCCGAGGCUUGAAGAAGUUUACAGAAUAUUACACUUCAGUGCUGUGUUUCACUACACCAGGUGAUGGCCCCAGGAGUCCAGCUCAUCUUCUACGUACACAUGAAGAUUACCCUGGUCCGAUUGGACAUCUGAGUUUCACAGAGAUCCUGGAUACCUCUCUGAAAGUCAGCUGGAGAGAGCCACAUGAAAAAAAUGGGAUCCUCACAGGUUACCGCAUUUCAUGGGAAGAAUAUAAUCGCACUAACACACGUGUGACCCACUACUUACCUAAUGUGACAUUAGAGUACCGUGUUACUGGACUGACUGCUCUCACCACAUAUACCAUUGAAGUAGCAGCCAUGACAUCUAAGGGACAGGGUCAGACCUCCUCAUCCACCAUUUCUUCGGGAGUUCCUCCAGAAUUACCUGGGUCUCCCACAAACAUAGCCAUCUCAAAUAUUGGUCCUCGCACAGUAACUCUUCAGUUUAGACCUGGCUAUGACGGUAAAACCUCCAUUUCCCGAUGGCUCGUGGAAGCUCAGGUUGGUGUAAUAGGCGAUCAUGAAGAGUGGCUUCUUGUUCAUCAGCUGGCCAAUGAGCCUGAUGCUCGAUCACUGGUGGUUCCCAACCUCAAUCCAUUCACACAUUACAGAUUUCGUAUGCGACAAGUCAACAUUGUUGGAACAAGUCUGCCAAGUCAGUUAUCGCGCAAAAUUCAAACUCUCCAGGCCCCACCUGACAUGGCUCCUGCCAAUGUGACCCUGCGAACAGCAAGUGAGACAAGCCUCUGGCUCCGCUGGGUGCCAUUGCCCGAGUCAGAGUAUAACGGGAAUCAGGAAUCUGUUGGAUAUAAAAUAAAAUACGGGAAGUCAGAUGGAAAUGGAUCCACUCUCUCACACAUUAUCCAGGACCGGAUUGAGCGGGAAUUCACUAUCGAGGAUCUAGAGGAGUGGACUGAAUACAGAGUACAAGUUCAAGCAUUUAAUGCUAUUGGUUCUGGACCAUGGAGUCCGGAAGUCAGGGGUCGCACAAGAGAGUCAGUUCCUUCAUCUGGACCAACAAAUGUUUCGUCUCUUGCUCUUAAUUCAAAUAGUAUCCUCGUCAGAUGGAAUGAGGUUCCACAACAAGAUCGCAAUGGGCUCAUCCUUGGUUAUAAGGUCUUGUACAAGGAAAAAGACUUGGAUACUCCUAUGCAGAUCCAGACCAUUGAAAGCAACACCACGCACACUGUACAACUUACUAAGUUAGGGAAGUAUGUGUUGUAUGAGAUCCAAGUCCUUGCUUUUACCAGAAUUGGAGAUGGAAUAUCAAGCUUCCCACCCAUUCUUGAGAGAACUCUGGAUGAUGUGCCUGGACCUCCUGUAGGAAUCCUGUUUCCAGAAGUUCGAACAACAUCUGUGCGUCUAGUCUGGCAGCCUCCUGUAGAACCCAAUGGGAUCAUUCUCGCUUACCAGAUAACAUAUCGGCUAAACACCAGCAACACAAACACUGCCACAGUGGAUGUGUUGAACCCAAGUACCCGACAAUAUACAGCAACUGGGCUAAAACCAGAAUGCAGUUAUGUCUUCCGCAUUACAGCUCAGACGCGCAAGGGGUGGGGUGAAGCAGCAGAAGCAUUGGUGGUAACAACAGAAAAGAGAGUUCGUCCACAGCCUCCCAGCAAACCUGUCAUACAACAGCAAGAUGUGCAGUCACGCAAUGUGCUGUUGUCCUGGGAACCGGGUAGUGACGGACUGUCUCCAGUUAGGUACUACACAAUCCAAACUCUAGAGCUACCGAAUGGAAACUGGUCACUCCACUCAGCUUCUGUGAGCCACGAAUCUACGACUUAUCUUGUAGACAAGAGAAAAGGAGGGAAGAACCUUGAAACAUUUUCAAAAAUGAAUGGGAAUAUAGAUGCACCAGAUGAGGCACCAGAAAUUCUUUCUGUCACACCACAUACCACAACCUCAGUAAUGAUUCGUUGGCAGCCUCCUGCUGAAGAGAAAAUUAAUGGAAUCCUUUUAGGGUAUCGGAUUCGCUACCGAGAAUUAGUUUAUGAUAGUUACAAAAGCUUUACGCUUCGCAGUGUGAACAAUCCCAAUGCUAAGUGGUCUGAACUCACACCUGUGUAUAAUGUUCGGAACCUUAGUGACUCAACCCUAGCGCAAUAUGAACUGGACAAUCUGAGCAAGCACAGGCGAUAUGAAAUCAGAAUGAGUGUCUACAAUGCAGUGGGCGAGGGUCCUACCAGCUCACCUCAAGAAGUAUUCGUAGGUGAAGCAGUCCCCACUGCGCCACCUCAAAAUGUUCAGGUGCAAAGCUCAACAGCAACACAGUUAGACCUGACUUGGGAGCCUCCUCCACCUGAAGCACAGAAUGGAGACAUACAAGGAUAUAAGAUUUACUACUGGGAAUUUCAGCGACAAAAUGAGACAGAAAAACUGAAGACCCUUUUCCUCCCUGAAACCAAUGUGAAGCUCAAGAAUCUAACAGGAUACACUACCUACCUGAUCAGUGUGAGUGCAUUUAAUGCCGCUGGUGAUGGUCCUAGAAGUAUACCUAUCAGGAGCCGAACACAACAGGCAGCUCCAAGUGCUCCAAGUUAUAUUCGAUUCAGUGAACUGACAACAACCUCUGUGAAUGUGUCUUGGGGAGCCCCAAAGUAUCCAAAUGGAAUAAUUGAAGGAUAUCGACUAGUUUAUGAGCCUUGCACCCCUGUUGAUGGUGUCAGUAAGAUUGUAACUGUGGAUGUGAAGGGAAAUAGUCCUCGAUGGAUGAAAAUUAAAGACCUGUCAGAUGGUGUGACUUACACUUACCGAAUUAAAGCAAAAACAUACACCUACGGACCAGAAAUUGAGGCAAAUAUCACCACUGGACCAGGAGAAGGUGCUCCUGGUCCCCCAGGUGAGCCGUUGAUCUACAGGUAUGGAUCAGCCAUAACUAUUCAUUGGUCCAGUGGAGAUGCCGGCAAGGCACCAAUUAGCCGAUAUGUUAUUGAGGCGAGGCCAUCAGAUGAAGGAUUGUGGGACAUUCUAAUCAAGGAUGUUCCAAAGGAAGUAACCUCAUAUACAUUUGGCAUGGAUAUCUUGAAACAGGGUGUGAGCUAUGAUUUCCGAGUGAUUGCGGUGAAUGAUUAUGGAUAUGGAACACCCAGCUCGCCUUCUCCAUCUGUAUCGGCCCAGAAUUCAGCCCCAUUUUACGAGGAAUGGUGGUUCUUGGUGGUUAUUGCCUUAGUUGGACUCAUCUUCAUCCUUCUCUUGGUGUUUGUGCUAAUAAUCCGUGGACAAAGCAAAAAAUACACAAAAAAAACAGAUUCUGGAAACAACACAAAGACGAGUGCCUUGGCUCAUGAAGAGAUCAUGAGCCUAGACAAUGGACGGUUUCCAGCACUGGAACUCAACAACAGACGACUUUCAGUGAAGAAUUCCUUCUGUAGAAAGAAUGGCAUCUACAACAGGUCUCCACCACGGCCAAGUCCCGGUAGCCUCCAUUAUUCAGACGAGGAUGUCAGCACAAAAUAUAAUGACCUAAUCCCAGCAGAGAGCAGCAGUUUGACCGAGAAACCCUCCCUAUCAGACUCUCAGGGAAGUGACAGCGAAUGUGAAGUUGAUCAAAACAGACCGAAGACGCAUUCUUUUGUUAAUCACUACAUAAGUGAUCCUACAUAUUACAACUCAUGGCGAAGGCAGCAGAAAGGCAUCUCAAGAAUUCAGGCCUACAAUUACACAGAAAGUAAAUCAGGUGAUCCAGUUCAUAAUCACCAACCUUCCACUAAUUCAACCAGCAGCAUCCAUGUGCCUCAGGCCACACAGCAAGGCAGCCUCUACCGAGCUAAACGGAGUCUAACACCCACACCCCAACUUCCCUCCAAUAACACCAGCCAGUCAAGCACCCUGUAUCGGCCUGCUAGCAGCCUCGCUCCAGGAUCCAGAACCCCACUAGCAGGAUUUUCUUCUUUUGUUUAAACUAUGCUGAAAGGUAUUUUCUUCUUAGUUCUGAAGUAUUAUUGUGUGGAAGACAAUCACAAAUCUGCUAUUUACAAACGUGCAGAUUUUAUUUACUGGAAAAACACAACUGAAAGGGGAAAAAACCAUCAGACCAUCCUGUACAACAUCCUGUCAUGGUCUGAAGAGAAAGAGGUCUCCAGCAACUAUAAAAGAAUGAAGGGGCAGACAGUUUGCCACAAAGAAUUAGUUUUGCUAUCCAAUGGGCUUCAUUCUGAUCAGCUGAGCAGUGUAUGAAUCUCACGUAUGUCUAUAGACAUUGGAGAAAAACAUAACUUGAUGCCAUUGUAGCCAAUUGGCCAAGUCAAAAAAUCUGCGGGCUGUUGUUGUGCCCAUUAUAUAUAAAACAAACAGUUCUAAUUUAGUUGCUAUCCUUGCUAUUUGCAACUAUUUUUAUUGACUAGUUUUCACUUUAUUACUGCUGCAUGACUGUUACAGUGUGACUCCUCAAUAAGCUUGAAUCAUUUAUCUGUUAUCAAAUGCUGUAAUGCCGAUAAUUUUAACAUUUUUAAAAAAACUUUUCAUUGGACAAAUCUUCAGAUUCAUAUCUGAUGUUUUAAAAAGUCUGCCUUUUCUUUGUCUGUUAACUUGUGAGUCGUCAUUCACAAAAUCAAAAACUGCAUGAAUCACAAGACAUUAUUGGCCAUGUCUUUGUAAAGUCAUAAUCAUUGUGCUAUAAGACCUUUUCUUAAUAGUUUCUUACAAAAUGCAAGCUUUUUCUCAAAUGUAAGGCAAGUGAUUCAGUUUGUUUCUAGCAGGAGAAAUGUCAAUGAGAUAUCUCAUCUGGAGAACUUAAUGGGUCAGGUUUGUCAGUAGAUUUUCUUUCACAGUGUAACUGUUUGCAAUGCAAAGAUUCCCCUUUUCUAAUGGCUUAAAUCUGGAACAUUUGGCUUUAGCUAGUAAAUUUCUUUUCCCACUUAUUCUAUCCCUAAAUUUAGUUAUACUGAGAACUGGUUACAAAAAUAGUAUCAAAUACAAAUUAGGUAAUUCUGACAAA